AACCUGAAGUGCAACGAAUAAGCAGCCUAACGAAGCUCACACUCAUCAGCAAGUCAGUUGGAAUAAUGACUACCCUGAUGGGAUCCUACAGCUGGACAGAGAGCCUGGACUGUUCCCCCAUGGAUGGAGACCUCUCAGAUGGGCUGUCCCCGCACAGGUCUCCCCGAGAGAAGGGGUCUGAGACCCGUAUCCGAAGACCCAUGAACGCCUUUAUGGUGUGGGCUAAGGACGAGCGGAAAAGACUAGCCGUGCAGAAUCCAGACCUGCACAAUGCGGAGCUCAGCAAGAUGCUCGGGAAAUCCUGGAAAGCCCUCUCUCCAGCCCAAAAGAGGCCCUAUGUAGAAGAGGCAGAGAGACUGAGGGUCCAGCAUAUGCAAGAUUAUCCCAACUACAAGUACAGGCCAAGGAGAAAGAAGCAAAUAAAGAGGAUCUGUAAACGGGUAGACACUGGUUUUCUGCUCGGCAGCUUAUCGAAGGAUCAGAAUUCGGUGCCAGACACAAGGGGGUGCAGGACGGCCAUGGAGAAAGAGGAGAAUGGUGGGUACCCUGGAGCUGCCCUGUCAGACAUAAGACAUUACAGAGAGACUCCGAGCAAUGGAAACAAAUAUGACCAAACUUACCCCUAUGGGCUGCCAACCCCACCAGAGAUGUCCCCGCUGGAAGCAAUUGACCAAGAUCAGAGUUUUUAUUCGACCUCAUGCUCUGAAGAUUGCCACUCCCAUAUCAAUGGAGCCGUCUACCCACCUGAAUACAGCCGAAGCCCCAUCCUCUGCAGUCACCUUAGCCAGGUGCCCAUUCCCCAACCUGGGUCAUCAAUGAUUCCACCAGUACCCACCUGCCCCCCAGCCUACUACAGCUCGAGUUAUCAUUCUAUACAUAACUAUCAUGCCCACCUUGGCCAGCUCUCCCCUCCUCCUGAGCACCCCCAUUAUGACACCAUUGACCAGAUUAGUCAAGCAGAACUUCUUGGUGAGAUGGACAGAAAUGAAUUUGACCAAUAUUUAAAUACCUCACUACAAGAUCCCACUGAAAUGACAAUCCAUGGACAUGUCCAGGUGUCACAAGCUUCAGAUAUACAGCCCUCAGAAACCAGUCUCAUCUCUGUCCUAGCAGAUGCAACAGCCACGUACUACAACAGUUAUAGUGUUUCUUAGGACCCUGAGAAGAUUGGGUCUGGGACUGAGCAAGCAGUAUUAUUAUGGAAUUAAUCCCGUAUUAAGCUAAGGACUGCAUUUCCUCAGGGUUACCAAAUCAGACUGGCUAAUUCAGACUCCUCUUUGGGCAGGGGUGGGGGUGGAAUCUUCAAACAACACUAAACUGAUCUGGUUCAAGUCCGUUGUUACAUAUAGUAAAGAAAUAUCCUGUAUAUAAAGGUAAUUGUGUGCUUAUAUCUGGGGAAAAAAAACAUUACCAUUAAAUCAUAAAAUAGUUUGUACUAAGGGUUGUUUUGAUUUCCAUUUUGUACAGCAACCGUACUGUUCAUCUCCGCUUUUCUUCUUUAUGGAUUUUUAUUCAUAUUAUUUUUUUGGUAAGGACUAUAAAUGGUGGACACUUGAAUUUGAAAUUAUUCCUACACGUAGCUUCUAGAAGGGCACGACACUUGUAAAACACAUUUUUCACGGUUUGUUUACACACUAAUUUGCGUUCACCUUUUGUUUUACUCCAGAACACUGGUUUAAAAUGUAUUGAAACCUGUAAAAACUUUUGUCAAUUUUUUUUUUUUUUAAAGGAAUGGACUGGUUUUGUUAGAAUUUGUGGGGUAAUUAACAAUAUUGUUGACGUCUGCCAUUUUGAUCAUGAUCAUGUUGUAUUAAAACUUAGUGGAGAUGGUUUGCAGUCCUGGGAAUGUAUUAGUAAUAUUAUUAGUCAUUAUUCUGUAAAACGACCAGUAUAUCUACAUUUUACUUGCAUUUGACAUUGAUGUACAUAUAAAUUUGCCUAAGUAUUUAAUUUAAAUAAAAAAUACUGGAUUGUUUUUAU